CGCCUUCCCUCCCACUCCACUGGGCCGCGAGGAAGUCGCAAGAUGGCUGAUGUCGCUUGGAAGUAACGUUCCCCUCUGCAACAUGAAGCCGUGAGUGUGGAAGAAAGCGAGGGAGGCACCAUCGGGCUUUUAUUUUUAUUUUCUUUUAGUUACUUUUCUUUUAUUUCGUCAAACAUCCAUCUCAUUCCGCGUCGUGUCCGCCCCGGACUUGUCUUCGGGAGUUGACGCGUCAAAUCACGCCGGGGACCCUGCCAGCAGCUAGCAGCUAACCGCCGUUAGCAAAUACUAGUCCGGCUAGCCAGUCACCGGGCUCUCCGCUCCACACUUUGUUUUUAAUCCACGCUCUGACACCGGCGAGCCAACGGACCGCUGCCGCACACGUGCCGAAACCCGCCGGAGGUAGUUUAAAAAAUACAUGUCAAGGUUUUCAGCUGUCAGAUUGGAAGUAGGAUUUUUCAGGCUGCUCGGCUCAACAUCAUGUCCGCGAACUGGCCGUCCAGCCUGCGGGUUGCUAACUAAUGCGCAGUACCGCAUCUGCUCCAUGUUGCACCGACCAGCAGCUUUUCUAGACACUUCUCGGUAACAUCCAACACCCCGUUGCAUUUCCGUUACUCGCCUCCAACUGCAUUUUUUAAAUCAAAGCUGGUCGUGUGGAAGCCAAAUUAUGGGUGCGGGGAAUGUGUUGAACUUUUUCUGCUGGUAGGUAGGUAGCUACACUGGCCUUGCUGGCAUCUCACUAAACCCCCACCGGGAUGGACACUAAACCGAGCACCCGCGACCAAAACUGAGAAAAUUGGCUCCUCGGUGUCUAAACUAGCUCCAUUAGCUCCACACACACACACACACGCACACGGUUUGCACGGCGGGGACUCGCCUAACUAGUCUCGGCCACGGAGAACUAGUUUCGCGGCAGGUUAACUUAAGUCGUCAGUCACUACACCGGAGACCAGCUAGCUUUGCCCCGAGCGCACAGCUAGCUUCGGUCUCUCCCCACAACACAGCAGCACCACGGCGUACAGGACGUAUUCAGAGCCCGCUCCCGGCCAGACGCACCGGCUCAACAACACCGUCAUGGGAGUGCAGGGCUUUCAAGAGUAUUUAGAGAAGCGGUGUCCCGGGGCCGCAGUCCCGGUGGACCUCCUGAAGCUCGCCCGAACCGCGGCCCGCCAGCCCCCUCACCAUCAUCACCCACACCACCACCCACAUCACCCCGGGCCCAUGCCUCCCCCGCCCCCGCCUGCCAGGAUCCUAAUCGACGCUGACUCCGGCCUGCAGCGGCUCUACGGCGGCUACCAGACGGACUGGGUGUGCGGCGGCGAGUGGAACGCCAUGCUGGGCUACCUGGCCGCCCUCUCCCAGGCCUGCCUGUAUCAGGGGGGCCUGGAGCUGGUCGUGGUUUUCAACGGCACUCUGGGGAAGGAGCGCUGGCCCGAGUGGGCGCGGCGAGCUCAGGGCCAGCGACAGACGGCGCAGCUGAUAGUCAACCACGUCGGCAGCAAGGCCACCCCGCCUCCCCGGGCAUGGUUCCUGCCCCCGGCCUGCCUCAGCCACUGCGUGCGCCUCGCCAUGUUCCGCUUCCGAGUGCGGGUCGUACAGACUUUGGAGGACCACCACCAGGAAGUGCUGUCUCUCUACAGGGACUACGGAUUUGCCGGCCUGAUCGCUCAGGACUCUGAGUUCGCCCUGUGCAACGUACCCGCCUACUUCUCUUCGCACGCGCUCAAACUGAGCUGGAACGGCAAGAACCUGACCACACACCAGUACCUGCUGUCUGAGGCCGCCAGGCAGCUCGGACUCAAGACCCAGCACCUGCCCUGCUUCGCUGCUCUGCUAGGAAAUCAUAUUCUGCCUGAUGAGGACCUGGCUGCCUUCCACUGGAGUCUGCUGGGACCAGAACACCCACUGGCUUCCCUCAAGGUGCGAGCCCAUCAGUUGGUGCUGCCGCCCUGUGAGGUGGUGAUCAAAGCCGUCUCAGAGUACGUCUCCUCCAUCAAAGACCUGGGGAACCUCGACGCCAUCGCCAGAGAUGUCUUCAAACAGUCACAGUCUCGCAUGGAGGACAAGGUGGAGCGAUUCAAGAAAGCUGUGGAGUAUUUCUCAGCCGCCUCCAAACCUCGCUCGCCCAACAUGGGGCCCUCCUCUUUCAUCUUACCUGGGUUUGGACCCACUCCAUUUGGGGGACCACCUGGCCACAUGGGACCGAUGCAGCCUGGAAAGAAUCAGUUCCCUCCCCCCCAGGUUCCGGGGUUAAAGCCACCCUAUCCAAACGCCCCGUACGGACCUGGCUCCGCCCCUCUGUUCCAGACCCCGCAGCCGCCGCCACAGGACUGCAACGACUCGCUAACGGGCAAGAUGGGCUUCUCCGAUUGGUCGGCUCCGUACGAUUCCACUCAGGGGGGAAACCGGCUACCCAAUCAUCACACCGGCACCCAGUCUGGACCUUCCCCAUCUCCUUCCUCAUCAUCGGACGGAGACGAACCCAACGACAGCAACGCAAACCAUUUGACAGACAAGCCCUCUCGGUGGGAGGACCCUGCAGGACGAGGGGGCUCCGCCUCUGGAGACGGUUCCCAAGGCAACGGGAGCGGGUCGAACAUUCCGUCACUGUUGUCUAUGGCGACGCGGAGUCACAUGGACAUAACCACACCCCCUCUGCCUCAGGUCAGUGCUGAGGUUCUUCGUGUAGCUGAACACAGACACAGAAGAGGACUGAUGUACCCCCAGAUUUACCACAUAUUGACCAAGGGAGAGAUGAAGAUGCCAGUGUGUAUAGAGGAUGAGUGUAACUCCGAGCUGCCUCCUGCCUCCCUGCUGUUCCGAGCUGCCCGGCAGUAUGCCUACGGCGUCCUCUUCAGCCUGGCCGAAACACACCGCCGCCUGGAGAGGCUCGCCCUCCGCAAGAGGGCUCCCCUGGAAGUUCCUCCAGUGAUUGUUAAGGAGUGGAGCAGCGGGAAGGCCAAGUCGGCCCUGACACCGGAGCUGGUUCCGGCUCUGUGUUUCCGGGAGUGGACCUGCCCCAACCUGCGGCGCCUCUGGUUGGGUCGUGCCAGCGAGGACCGCUCCAGGAGAACCAGGGCCUUCCUGGCCUGCCUCCGCUCCGACUGCCCAGCCCUCCUCAACCCAGCACAGGUUCCCCAGCAUCUGCUGCUCAUGUGCUGUGUGCUCAGGUAUAUGAUGCAGUGGCCUGGAGGACGGAUCCUCCAGAGACAUGAGCUCGAUGCCUUCCUGGCCCAGGCUGUUUCCAGUCAGCUCUACGAACCCGACCAGCUACAGGAGCUCAAGGUGGAGAAGGUGGAUGCCCGCGGUGUGCAGCUGGCUGCCCUCUUCAUGGCAGGCGUCGACACGGCGCUCUUCAUCAAUGAUGUCUGCGGCCAGCCGUUACCGUGGGAACACUGCUGCCCCUGGGGCUUCUUCGACGGCAAACUGUUCCAGAGCAAGCUGGCCCGAGCUGCCCGAGACCGAGCCGCCCUGCUGGACAUGUGCGAGGGGCAGGAGGAGCUGGUUUCCAAGGUGGAGAAGAUGCGUCAGGCCAUCCUAGAGGGCAUAAACCUGUCCCGCCCGCCUCCUCCUCCCCCUCCCCUGCCGCCUCCUGCCUUCCUGCCCCCUGCCAUGGUGCCCCCUUUCUACCCCAUGCCUCCUCUGUACCCGCCUCGUCCGAUGGGCGGCAUGCCUCCUCAUCAUCACCCUCAUCAUCCACAGCACAGACCCAGAGCCUUCCCAGGCAUCCAGUCCAUCCCCCCUCAGGGAGGGAAGCUGGAGAUCGCUGGCAUGGUGGUGGGCCAGUGGGCUGGGAACAAACCAGUCCGUGGGAGAGGGGGCUUCAACAUGCAGGUGGUGUCAGUGGGAGCAGGGAAAGGAAGGGGUAAAGAGAUUCCAGCGAAAGUCAGAGGAGGGAAAAAGCCAGCUGCCAACAGAACACAGAUGUUGUCAUCCCCCACAUCCAGCAGUCCCCCAAAGCCCUCAGAGGAGGCGGGCUCCAUGCCAGAAGUUGCAACGCAGCAGCUGAACGGCAGCUCGGCAGCCUCCGCCAUCGGCCAGCCCUCGGAGCUGGCCCCCCUGGCCCAGCCAAUCCCGUGUGCCUUAGCCAGCAGAGACAACCAAUCAGAGGGGGUGGAAGUGGAGGCCCCCUGUUGCCUUGACGACUGCCCGUCAGACGGAGCGCUACAGAAGGAGGAGUAACCGCGUCCUCCCCAGGACGCGUUGCUCUGAGAGAGUUAUCUGUGUUCGACUGCCUUUCCCUGUUUUUGUAGCCCUGUCCGCUAGCUGUGCACUUGAACCCACGGAGCAGCGAGGCGUCGCCUCGUCCGCCCGCUGCUCCGUGGGAUCCAUCAGCUAGCUGUUACUCCCUUUUUAGUUUUCUCAUGUGGUUUUACAUUGUUUUAUGAAGAGAGGGUUUCUCCAUGUAAGCGCCCCACCCCUCAAAAAAUCCUAAAAGCCUCCCUCCCGUGCUCAGAGCAAGAUAAGCUUGAAGCCCUGCCCCCAUGACGACCCACCACCCCAUCAAGCCCCGCCCCCUCUCUAGCAAGGGGGGUCUGUACAGUUUGAAUUUCUUAUUUUGUGUUUUUGAUGGUCCCAUUGUUUGAAUCUCUGCACACAGAUGUUAAGCUUGUGGUAACGGUGACAGAUUGGAUGUGGUUUCCAUGGUUACAGCAGCUCGGCCCGGUCGUCAUGGUCGGUCGUCGUGUGUUGAUGUGGUUUGUUGUUGCCAUAGCCAUCUCGUGAGAGUUUUGUCUUACAUGAGUUGAGAGGUGUUCAGAGUGCGACCCGCUAACCACAGCGUUAGCAUACGUGCUAGCAGCAAACCCCUUUAGAGACUGAUUGGUUUCUAUCACUGGAGCACCUCUGCACCACCAUGGUUUAGUGUGCUAUCUUACUUUGACCUAUGUAGCAUAGCCUAGUGCUUAGCUGUGCUAAGAGACCCCAUGAGUUUAUGCACCUUAAGCCCUAAAGUAUGCAAGAUUUUACCCGCUCCUCAAAAAAAGUGCAUUAUUAUGUUAUUGUCCCUUCCCUCGCGUCCCUUUGUCCCAAAGCUUUGAUUGUAUUUUCCCCAAACAGAAGCACUUAAUGUUGUAUUUAAAUAUAAUGAAUUAAAAGCCCCUAUACAGUUGAAUUGACAGUGUGUGAGGGGUGUCCCCGCGCCUGAGGAAAUCAGUAUGACAUGUAGAACUACAUUUAAAGGUAGAGAUCUAUUCAAGAGACGUCAGAAUGUGAACAGAGUGGUUUCAGACAAAGAAGCACUUUGUUUUAAAAAUGUUAAACCACACUGGACAGUCCUCUACCUGGUGAUAAAGAAACGAGAAACUCUGAGGCACCAUCUUGAGUUAAGGCCAAAAAGUAAAGAACGAUGCUGCCCAGGAACAGAUGAAAAGAACGGAGAGGUUUGGUGGCUGCUGCCAGGCAGAGUCCCUCCAGACUGGACUCACGUUCUACCAGGAACUUUGCAAUGAAGCCAACAGGAGUCUUGAUGGUUCUCAUCAGGGCCUCCUGGGAAUCAUUUCAGAUUUCUAAAAACUUACUUCCAAAGUGUAUUUUUGUACGGCUCGCCGCCUGAGGCAGCCUUGAUGUAAAAGGGGUGUGGCAGCGAAGCCUCGAAGACCCUCCACCCUCAGGUGGAGGUAGAGCAGCUGUUGUCGUUACGAUUGCCCAAACGCCGAGAGCUGUUGCCCCACAGAGCUCCGGUGUGUCACUUUAGACUAGCAGGAAGCACUUCCCUGCCCUGAAGCUCCGCCCACACGGCAGAGACUUCACGGCCGGAUCACAUGACAGGAGAGAGGGAGGCCUCGCGGACCUGAGAGUGCCGCUCAUAAUCUGAGACUUCUAAGAUACUGAUAUGUUUUAUUAGAGCACUUAUGUUUGUAGAGAAUGAAAUGUGUCCCCCACAGUAGGUCUCAUCUGACAACGGAAACACACGUAUGUACUUUCUUACCGUUACUGGUAGCACAACUGCAGACGUAGACGCAGUAGAGCGACAGAUACAGCCUGAGAGAUGCUGGCCAUGAACAUUGGAAUCUCUAUAAACUUACCGAGAGGUCGAAAUGAACUCAUUAUACGUGAAAGAAAAGAGAAAAAGGCAAGUCAACAAGAAGCACCUUAUUUUCUUACUAUGUUGAUGACUUGUGCUCUAUCAUGUGCCACAGAAAAUUGACAUGGAAAUGCUCCGACUAAACGCCGUUGUGAAGGAAAACAAACCCUGACUAUAUAUGUAAGUGUUAAUGUAGUCACGUCAGACAUCCCCUCUGUUCUGAACUCAACCAUUACAGUGACACGCUGACCGCUGACCUGGCCGUGAGCGUAGGCCUACGCUCACCAGUGCCGGGCCGCCGCCGUCUCUUACACCAACACCAAACGAAAUCAGAGGUUGGGACUUGUUAGCCGUUUAUUGGUAGGGAGUAAUGAGCGUACGAGUGCUGUAGGUGUUUCUAGGUUAAGAGUAGGUCGCAGCGUCGGGGCUUAACACAGGACUGUAAAACACAGACACCAAGACUAGGCUAGAGAAUAUAGCUCCACUGGCCGAGAUACUAAGUCUAGAAUUACUAGGAGUCAUAUACUUAACUGCUUUCAACUUUUGACAUUAGUACAAAUAUGUGUAUCGCAGCCGUACGUUGUUAGAAGAUGGCUUUUUUCUGCGGCGAGCCAGAGUGUGAUCUGGUAAACGAUGCCCUCUCUCGAUUCGCUCGCCAGAUAACAGUUACACACAUAUACGCAUAAACACACACUAGACACACACACAGACAGGAAUCAGUUGCAUUUGUUACCAGCAGCAUUCUCUCUGCUUUCGUGCUGAAGUGAUUUUGUGCAGUUCCCAGUGGAGUGUGGUCGUCAGUUCAUCGGAGAUCAUUUGGUAACACUUUCUACUGACUGUCAGGUCCCACGUUCACAGAGUUUGCAUGGACGGAUUAAAAACAACACAUCAUCCACACACAAACACACACACAUACAUAGAUGUUAAAAUCCUGAGUUACACAGUAGCUAGUAUGGGAAAAAAGUCAACACAACACAUGAUGUUAGUGUCCCUCUUUUGUCCUUGUCUGUUUUAGUUCGAUAGGUAUUUGAUCAGUGAUUUUUAUGCUUGUUACCCUAACCCCCCCCACACGACACACACACCGCUAGGACACUUUCUCUCGCCUCCCCUCCCGUCAUUCACUUCUUUGCUACUCCACACAAACACACACAACAACAACAUAUAUAUGGAACACACAGGUUUCCCCUCCUCACCCGUCCUGUACUUCUGCCUCUAGCCCUUUAGGACCGUUUCUAUUGGCCGUUUUUUCUCUUCUCUCUUCGGGCUGCCCCGCCCCCUUUAAUCAAACCCGACUAACAGUAAAGGUUAUAUUAACGUUGAUAAUCAGUUUCUGUAUGUAUCUAGCCAGAGUGGAUAAAAAAAUUUCAAGACAAAAAAAAAAAAUCAAAAACUGUUUUAUUCAAUUGUGCAAAUGUGUUUUUUCUUACUAUUUUUAAUGUUAUUACAUCUUCUAAUCUAAUCCUUCUACCAUUGCUUCAGUUAGUACUGAAAUACGCUUAGCCAACCUAGAGAUUUGAACUGUAACGAUUGCCAGUUUCCUUACCUGUAUUUUAUAUGGCAUCUUUAGACCACUUCACCGUUUAUUAUGUACGUAAGUAAAUAUUGCCCGUUUUUUCGAAUUGAAAAUCGUCGUCUGCACUAUGUUUGAUUCUCAUAAUAUCCCCCCGAUAACGAGUUUUUCUUUUACUCGAUCGAAGCUGAACUCUUGCACAAAGCAGCGAAGCGUCUUUCGUCAACACCUGAGAACCAAAGUUACACCCGGCAUCCCCCUCCUCCGAAAACCCCGUAGUUCCUCCCCAAAGACCCGACGGUUCGCCCCGAUGGUUCGCCCCGAUGGUCCUAUAUAUAACCACAUUACAGCACAUGUGAUUUAUCUGACGAGUCUGUGAGGUAACGCUGUUUUUAGUUCAUUCUUUUUGUUGUUUUUGACACUGUGGUUGUCGUGGAGACAGACAGGGACGGCGAGCGAGCGGACGAGUAGCGCAGGUUUGGAUUCGUGUUUGUCGUCGCUUCACUCGUUGGUUCCUCGUCGACUGAAUUUAGGUGGAACCGCUGCACUCGUACACACCGCCGGGGCUUCAGCGACUCUUUUUGCAUUUUUCUUACGUGUUACCGUUGUGCUCUCAAACUUGCCUUUAACUCCCCGACUCGAACCCGACCGAGUUUCUUUAUACUGACUGAGGGCAUGAGGCUGGUUUAAGUGGCGGAAUUUUCCUCAAAACGCACAUCUGAGACCGACAGGAUUCAACUGUUGUCAACUAUUUUGACGAUUAGUUUGAGAUAAAACGUCCAAAUUCUCAGAUUUCAGGAUUUUAAAAUGUGUUUUCUGAAUUCUUGCCAGUUUUUUUGGGAAAAAAAAUGAAAGUCUUUGGGUUUCGGAUCAAACAAGACAUUUUGGGAAACCAAUCUCAUCAUUUUCUGGCAUUUUACAGAACAAACAGCUAAAAAUUGAAGUUAAUCCUGCAGAUAGUUAAGCUCUUCAGCUUCUGUACUGUUUAAAACUGAGAAAAAUAAGAGAAAAUCAACAGACUGCUUUCACAUUUGCAGCUGCUUAGCUUAGCGUAGCUUAGCAUGAAAACCGGAAACAAAUCCUGCCCAAAGAGAAAACUAAAUCUGUCUGCCCUGUUUAAAUUGAAAAAUAAUUAAAUAACAAUCAGAAGACAAUAAUAAAAGAAGAGAAAAUCAACAGACUGCUUAAAGUAAAUGUAAAGCUGCAGCUAGUUAGCAUAGCGUAGCAUAAAAACUGGAAACAAACUCUGCCCAAAGAGAAAAGAAAAUCUCUGCCCUGUUUAAACUGUGAAAAUAAUUUAAGAAUUAAUCAACAAAAUUAACAGCCUGCUUAAAAUAAAUCCAAAACUGCAGCCGCUUAGCGUAGCGUAGCAUAAAAACUAGAAACAAAUCCUGGCCAACAGUUUGAUCAAUUAAGAAUUAUUUAGAAGACAAUAAAAAUAAACCUUUUGAAGACUGCUUCAGUGAUUUCUUAAGCUCUGGUUUUCAUCUAUAGAUCUGUAAGAAUUCGUUGAUUGAUUGAAAACUAUUGAAAAUUUUCUGAUUCCAGGUUCUCAAUGUGGAAAUUUCAUAGAUUUUUUUUAGAUUAUUGAAUAAAAGUUAAGCUCUAAAGAGCAGUAAGGAUUCAUCGAUGGAUUAAAAAAUUUGACUGGGCAUUUUUGACUGUUGGUUGAAUUAAACAAACCGGUUGUUUUCUGACACUUUAUGCCAAAAUGAUAAUCAGUAAUCCAAAUAAUUGACAGUUGGAGCUGUGUUUUCUUUUUCUUAUACAACUUUAAACUGAAAAUCUGUUGCUGGGACAAGAACUAGUGGGUCACAGACAUUCUUUUUGCACCAAACAAUCUAAUUAUUGUGGAAAUUAAGACUAAAAGUUGUUAAAUUGAAAUCAAGAGCACACAAGUCACUUUUAUCAUCCAGACAAGUUCAUUUUUAGAGUCUUUAGGUCUUUGCCGACGCGUCUUGAGGAAAAUCCCGUCUCUGAGCCGUUGAAAGCUUCCCACCUCGCCGCCCACAAACACGGGAGCAUCUCCGAAGAGCUCGACAGCGUCAGGAGAACCAGAAGCCCCAGAACACGAGUGAAGUGUGUCGUAUUGUAGAAGUGAAGCAGUAUUAUUGUCUGUCGUACAGAAUGUGGAGGAAGGAGUCAGCGGUCGUAUCCUGAUCCGUUAGCGGGACGCUCACAGCAUUUAUGUCCCAUUUAAGGACCCUAAUUUCUGUCUGUCUCUCUCUACACUGCCACUCCCCCCCUCAACAGCCCUCCAAGCUCCAGUAAAAACCCCCCAAAUACCCCCGCAGCCCCGCCGCCCCCUAGUGGCCGAGUCCCCGUCAGGUUCAUCACUGUGGGCCGUUUUUCUCCUCAGCAACAUGUUUCCCCCCGAAAGCAUCAGAACCACCAAUAAAAAACUACCUGUGCAGUGAAAAAUAAGGGUUAAAAUUUAUCCAUAAUACUGUUGUUAUAGAAAUAUUAUCAUCAUUAUUGCUGUUAUAAUUAUGGUUGGUAUAAUUUGUCAUCAUUGUUAGCAUUAUGGAAGCACCAGACGGUUUGUGGAAGGGUGAGAAAAAGAAAGCUCUUUUUUUUUGUUUUUUUUUCUUCUAUGUUUUUUUUUAUUUUAAAUUUGUCUGGCUGUUGGUGGUCUGAUCUCACAGAGGGAGGGGAGGAAAGGUUCAGAAAGAGACAAAGAUGGCAGUCAUGUUUGUACUGGUUGGGAAAUGACUUACAGUGCUGAAAUAAAAUUUAUUCUUUUAGUAAAAAAAAGGA